AUGGCGCCUACGAGUGACCGCAAGCCCAAGAGACGCAGCACCAACAAGCGUAAGUUCGUGCAGGCGAUCUCCAAGAAGAUGAAGCUCGAUUUCAAAACGACUCUCGAAUUCGUGAACACCUACUCAGAUCAGGUGCUGACUGACAUCCGCGAGACGGGCGCGGGCUUGAUCCCAAAUAUCGGCUCGGUCGGGUACAAUCUACGCGUGCCCAAGUCGCGCGUGGACAAGAUGGAUGCCCUCACGCUGGCGAAUGGCGGCUCGACGGGCAACUUCAAGAAGACCUACCUCAAGCUCGCAUUCAAGCAGGCGGUGCGCGAGGAGCACGAGAAGAUCGUCGACCAGAAUACCUGGAACAAGCUGAGUCCCUGCCCGUCGGUCGACACGGAGCCGAUUGACCAGGCGGCCCCAGCCAAGGAGACUGCGCCCGUGAUAGCGUUGGCAUCGUCAUAG